UAAUUUCCUAAUAUUAUCGUCGUUUUACCGAAAACGUCGAAAGGACAACAUAAAUAAUUAAACCACAAUUAUAAAUACGUCUCGUCUGUUACCACGGACUGGUGGUACUACGUCUCUGAAAUAACUUCAGAGUAACCUGAUAUUCACCAUGGAGGAGAUACAUACCCACUGCCUGAAGUGCAUUAACCGAAGAUGUAUGACACGGGCACAGGCUGGUGUCUCCUGUGACCUCAUUGGCUGCCCUCUUGUCUGUGGGGCAGUGUUCCACUCUUGCAAAGUGGGUGAACAUCGUUUACUAUGUCCAUAUGAAAGAGUGCCUUGCCUAAAUAGCGGCUUCGGAUGCCCAUUUACAGUUGCUCGCAUAAAAAUGGCUGAACACCUUGAAAUAUGUCCAGCCAGUGUCGUGUGUUGCACCAUGGAAUGGAACCGCUGGCCUGUGAGCUACGCUGAUCGCAAGUCGUAUGAGAACUUAAGUAAAGAUAUUGAUGAGGUGGAGCAGUUGGACAUGGCAUUGGCUUUACAGGAUCAACGCAUGCUGCUGGAGUCUCUUAAAGUUACAACCACUGUGACUAAAUCCGUCGAUGAGCAAAAUGAGGACAAUAAAAAACUGACCUCAACCACCCCAGAGGCAGAACUGGCAAAUGGACUCAUCGAAAUGGACGAGGAGUCCUACAGCGAGCUUUAUAAGGCUUCUGUGGAGACAAGCAGAAAUUUAGCCGCAGCAUUGGACAUUCUCACUGGUGGAAACAAGGAUAUUGAUCGAAUCAUUGGCAAAGUCAAUGGUGAGAAGGUAGACAGAAAUGGAGCUUUCCACAGUGGGGUGAAUGGAGAUCGUGCUCAUGGUACUGAUGAGGGUAAGAAUGUUGACAUGAAGGAAAGUGACACGGAGUCUGAGAGUGAGCUGGGUGCUGUAGGUGGUGUAGACUGUGCUUUUGCAGCUGACAGUGAAAUAGAAGAAAGUGAAUUGACUGAGCGAAAUGGUUUUGAUGAGUCUGAGGAAGAAGAAGAGGAAGAAGAGGAGAGUGAGAAGGGUGUGAUUGGACGUGGAGAAAAAAAGCUCUUAUGUAACAGAGUUAAUGAGACAGGCAGCGUUAGACAUCACAAUCCAAAUUUUGAUGCCACACAUCCAAGGCCUGUAAGGAUCAAUGGGUCAUCACACAUCAGGCCACCAAUGCCCUAUCAUUCCAUGCCCAUUGUCGCACGAGAGCCAACGAUGGCUCAUUCUCCACAGUUAUCACUGCCGUUCCCCCUUCCACUACCAGAUCUGGUUCCAAACAACGUUCUGCAGCAUCUGCCCCUGGAGGACAGGUGGCUUGAGCGUAAACUACAGAACCUCCAAGUGCUCAGGAACAUGAGCGUGUUUACGUUUAACGGCCGUAGAGCUCUCCUCUCCGAUCCGUACUUGUUUCGGGCCAAGAUGGAGGACAAGGCGGUGGACACCUCUGACUUGGAAGUGGCUGAUGAUCCCAUGGGGCUUCACGGCAUUGACCUCAUCACUGCUGCUUUGCUCUUCUGUCUGGGCGACUCCCCGGGAGGCAGGGGCAUAUCGGACAGCCGCUUCGUGGAUGGAUACCGCAUCGACUUCGGUACUCAGACCUUCUCCUUCCCCUCUGCCAUCCUGGCUACCAGCACCAUGGUUGGUGACAUAGCCUCAGCCUCUGCCUGUGACCAUGCCAGCCCACAGUUAUCAAACCCCAGUCCCUUUCACACACUCAGACUUGACCUGGUUCUGGAGUGCGUGGCCCGCUAUCAGACCAAACAACGUUCCAUGUUCACUUUUGUGUGCGGCCAACUGUUUCGCAGGGACGAGUUCUCCUCCCAUUUCAAGAACGUUCACGGGGACAUUCACGCCGGUCUGAAUGGUUGGAUGGAGCACAGGUGCCCUUUGGCGUACUACGGAUGCACCUACUCCCAGAGAAGGUUCUGCCCAUCUGUUCAGGGCUCCAGAAUCGUUCAUGACCGGCACUUGGGUUCCUUUGGCGUGCAGCCUCGCAUAGCAGACGGUUUCGAGGAGCCCCUCUUUAGAAACGAGCAUGGUUCCAACUGUGAUCAUCUGAGCAGCCUUCCCUUCGAAGUGUUGCAGCACAUAGCGAGCUUUCUGGACGGCUUCAGCUUGUGCCAGCUGUCGAGGGUGUCACGCACCAUGAGAGACGUGUGCGCCAGCUUACUCCAGGUGCGAGGCAUGGUCGUUCUGCUCUGGGAAAAGACGAGACGUGUUGACGGAUCCUUUUCCUGGCAGAUGAAGGAUAAGGUGUGGCGGUUCAGCACAGCUUUUGGGACAGUGAAUGAAUGGAAAUUUGCCGACAUCUCCAGCAUGGCUGACCACCUAAAGAAGUGCAAGUUCAACACAGUGGCACGUCGAGAGGAAGCCAUACCCCUCCCCUGUAUGUGUUUCACUAGAGAGCUUACGAAAGAGGGGCGUUCACUGCGGUCUGUACUUAAGCCAGUACUAUGAAGCCGAUUUGAAAGCAAAUAAGAGUACACUC